GCUUAUUAGCAUGCAGGGCGCGUCGCGCGGCGGAGUGCGCGGCAGGCGGGGACCCGCGGCGGGGUCCCUCUCCCUUUCUGCAGGAGCAGCCGGUGCAUGUGCAGUGCACCGGCGAGCACAGUGCAAAUACCAGUAGGAAUACAACACACAGCCCCACUGCCCGAGUUAAUUGUAUUGCAUUCACCCUGUGCAAGGAACACCCCUCCAGAGCGGAGGAUGAGCCGGGAGCCCCGGCGCCGAGCGCCGCCCGCCGCCGAGCGCGGCCCGCCGCGGCGCUGAGCCUCGCCCAGGAGCCACGUCCGCGGCCCCGCCGGGUGCAUGUCCCGCGCGCCGCCAUGGACGGCCGCGACUUCGCGCCGCCGCCGCGGCUGCUGCCCGAGCGCGGCGGCCUGAGUCACCGGGCCGGGCCGGGCCGCGGCGCCGCGCAGCCCCCCGGCCACUUCCAGCCCGCCAAGUACUUCCCGGCGCCCAUCACCGUGGCGGCGCACGCAGCAGGGAGCGGACUGAUGGGGAACUCGCCGGCCUCGUCCUUCAUGGGAAGCUUCCUCACCAGCAGCCUGGGCUCGGGGGCACCCAGCCACCCCUCGGGCCCCGCCGCGUCCCCCCCGGAGCCGGCUUUCCGCGGGCCCCACUCCGGCACCUCCCAGAUCUGGUUCUCGCACUCCCACGAAGCUCCGGGGUACCCCCGCUUCUCCGGGAGCCUGGCCUCCACCUUCCUGCCCAUGAGCCACCUGGACCACCACGGGAACAGCAACGUCCUCUACAGCCAGCACCGCUUCUAUGAGAGCCAGAAAGAUAACUUCUACCUGCGCAACCUGCCCGCCCAGCCCACCCUGCUCUCCGCCAACCACAACUUCCCCAGCAUCGCCCGCGCCGCCCCCGGCCACCCCAUCGGCUCCUGCAGCCGGGAGCGCGAGGCCGGCCCGCUGCCCAAGGCCGCCAAGGACUACGAGCGCUUCCUGGCCGGCAAGGAGCGGGCGGCCAAGGGGGAGCCCAAGGAGCGGCCGCCCGAGGAGGAGGGCAAGGAGCGGCCCCGGGCCGUGCUGCCGGUGACGCCCGAGGGCCACUGCAAGGAGAGCCCGGCGGCGCGCGGCGCCUGCGACGGCCGCCCCAAGCCGCUGCCCUCCUGCCUGCUGGGCGCCAAGGCGCUGGGCGGCGAGGCCGGCAAGGCCGCCCUGCCCAGCUGCGCCGGCGGAGCCCUGCCGCGGCACGCCGCCGGCCGCUGCGCCAGGGAGCCGGGCCGGCCCGAGCGGGAGGCGGGCGCCCGCGGGUCGCCGCAGCCCUACGGCGAGUGCCUGGAGCGGCGGCAGAUGCUGCACCACGCCGUGUCCUACGCCGUGCCCGCCGGCCUGCCGACCGGGCCGCCGCUGAGCGCCGCCGCCGCCGCCGGCUCCUUCCCCUGCCUGCCGCUGCACGCCGGCCCCGACGUGCUGUGCCCGCUGCCGGACAAGGGCGGCCGGGAGCCGCCGCUGAGCGGGGCCACGCUGGUGCCCUCGGUGGGGCACCUGGCCGACAAGAGCCGGCCCUUCCAGCUGGCGGCCGAGAGCUGCGGCCCCGAGGGCAAGGAGCGGCCCGCCGAGGCGGGCGCCGAGCCCCCCGCCGCCUACGGGCCCCCCUUCCCGCUCAAAGCGGAGGGCAAGGCCGAGCGGCGCCUGGAGUGGGGCCCCCCCGGCCCCGCCGCCCGCCUCAAGGGCCUGGAGUACCUGGGGGGGGGCGGCGGCGGGGGGGCCGAGACCCCCUUCGCCGGGCUGGGCCACGCGGCCAAGGGCGGCCUGGAGAAGGGCGGCUACGCGGAGGCGGCGGACUGCGCGCGGGCCGCCGAGGCGCUGGGCGCCACGCUGGGCCCCUCCUGCUGCACUUUAGAGAAGGGGGGCCCCAAGGACCCCCCCGGGCAGAAGGUGGCCCGCAUCCGGCACCAGCAGCACGCCGGCCCCGAGGGCGAGCCCGCCGGCGGCGAGGCCAAGCGCAAGGCGCUGGAGCUGGGCGCCCUGGGCUACGGCGGGCCGCCGCUGGCGCCGUGGGGCGUGCAGGGCCAGGGCCCCCCCCUGGCGCUGCCGGAGGAGCGGAAGGGCCCCUACCUGGACCCCUUCGGCAGCGCCCUGCCGCAGGCCGCGCUCAUGACCCCCGGCGCGGCGCUGGGCCCGGACGCGCCGGCGCCGCCGGACGAGGUGUCGGCCAUGAAGAACCUGCUCAAGUACAGCAACCAAGCACUUAUCGUGGGGCAGAAGGCCCCGUUCGUGGGGCUGGGCGGCCUCAAGGGCAGCUGCGCCCACCAGGACGCCAAGUUCCCCCCGGGCAAGGGGCCGCCGGAGCUGGAGCGGCCCGACUGCGCCCGCGGCCGGGAGCCCGAGCUGGGCCACGGCGAGGGCGAGGUGCGGCAGCCGCCCGUGGGCAUCGCCGUGGCCGUGGCGCGGCAGAAGGACACGCUGAGCCGCCCCGAGCCCUCCUACGGCGGCGGCUCCGGCCGGCAGAGCCGCGCCGCCGUGGGCAUCAAAGCGGGCACGGCGCGGCCCAUGCACGUCAUCGACCUGGAGGCGGAGGAGGAGCGGAGCCGGCUCUGCGAGGAGCGCCUGGGGCUGGCCGGCCGCGAGCUCCUGCUGCAGGACAACAAGGAGCUGGUGGAGUUCGCCCGCAUGCACCCGGCGGGCGGCUGCCCCGGCGAGCUGCCGCCGCACCUGGUCAUCGCCGGGGGCUCCUCGCUGCAGCCCGGCCAGCUCGGCGCCGACCCGGCGGCCCACGCGCACCCGGCCCACCCGCACUGGCUGCCCCGCACCCGCAGCCCCUCCAUCUGGAUGGGGGGGCACUCGUACGGCAUCGGCCACCCCGCGCUGCACCAGAACCUGCCGCCCGGCUUCGCCGCCUCCAUGCCCAGCACCAUGCAGUCCGUGUUCCCCCUCUCCCAGGACCCCCCCGCCCAGCUCGUCAUCCUGCCCACCGAGCCCCCGGCCCACGGCACCCCCCACACGCUGGCCGAUGUGAUGGACCAGGCGUCGCUGUGGCCGCCCAUGUACCCGGGCCGGGGCCCGGGGGGGCCGCUGCAGCCGGGGGGGCAGCUGCCCGUGUACCCGCGCUCGCAGUUCCUGCGGCAGCAGGAGCUCUACGCCCUGCAGCAGCAGCAACGCGCCGCCCACGCCCUCGAGCUGCAGCGCCAGGCGCACGCCCAGCGGAAGCCGGAGGAGCCGCCCCUGGAGCUGGAGGAGGGGGGCGCCGAGAAGCCCCUCAGACCCCCCCACAAAGCAGUUGCCUUAAACGCCCCGGCCAAGGGCCUGUCCUCGGCGGCCCCCGCGCCCCCCAAGCUGUCCCCUUGCUGCCACUCGCCGGCCCUGCGGCACCCGGCCAAGUGCCCCGUGACCCUGCCCGCGGCCCCCUGCACUUUACCCGCGUGCCCCGCCGCCAGCUCCGCCGUGGCGCCCCGCUCGCCCGCCGCCAGCCCCGUCCCCGCGCCCAGCAAGGGCGGCGACGGCGAGGACAAGCGCGGCGAGGGGCAGCCGCCCCGCGACUACCCCAAGUCCCUGGAGCCAGACCUGCCGCCGGGCUACAGCUACCCCGCGGCCGGCAUGGGCUUCUCCUCGCCGCUGGCGCCCGACGCGCACUCCGCCGAGCCCGCCGACCCCGACACUAUGCAAGCGGUCUCGCCGGCGGCCGAGCCCGAGCAGUCGCGGACCUUCAGCCCCGCGGAGCAGCCGCGCUGCGACGGCGGGGCCGCGUGGGAGCCGCCGCCCGGGGGGGCCGCCCCGGAGGGCCCCGGCCCGCUGCUGCACCGCCACCACCUCCUCCUCGCCCAGGGGCAGCGCGCCGCGGAGCUGGGGCCGGCGGCGGCGGCGGGACCCCCCGGCCCCGCGGAGGAGCGGCCGCCGGGGCCCUUCGGCGUCCGCCUGGACGCGGCCCAGGGAGCGCCGGAGCGGCGGCCGGAGGAGCCGCAGGGCCCGGGACCCGCGGCGGGGCCCUCCCCGCCGGGCUCCCCCGGCGCCGAGGAGGAGGAGGAGGGCGACGGCGAAGGCUCGGGGCCGGAGGGCAGCUGCGAGGAGGAGGAGGAGGGCGGCGCCGCGCGGGCGCCCGGCGGGCGGCGGGGCUGCCCGGGCGGGCUGGAGGCGCUCAUCGCCGCCGGCAUCGACCUGGGGGAGCUGCCGGCGCUGGGCCCCCCCGGCGCGCCGCCCCCGGCGCCCCCCUCGCCCGCCCCGGGGCUGCCCGGCAUCGCCCUGCUCAGCGAGCUGGCCGAGCUGGAGCUCCGGCGGCGCCGCUGCGACCUGGCGCUGGCAGGCGAGGACGAGGAGCUGCUGGCCUUCAACCUGCAGAACCUGGCCACGGUGGCGGCCGCCUGGUCGCUGGUGGAGGCGGCCGGCCGGGAGGGCAGCCCGCCGCCGCUGAGCCCCCUGCCCGCCUCCCCGCCGCCCCGCGCCCGCGUCCCGCGCCGCAAGUACACCUGGAUGCCCAAGAGCAAGGCGGUGUGUCCCCUGAAGGCGGCCAUCGAGCAGCUCAACACGCAGGAGGUGGAGGUGCGCAUGCGGCUGGCCGAGCUGCAGCGGCGCUACAAGGAGAAGCAGCGGGAGCUGGUGAAGCUGCAGAGGCGGCACGACCACGAGCGUGACGAGAGCUCCCGCAGCCCGGCGCGGCGGGGCCCGGGGCGGCCGAGGAAGCGCAAGCACUCCAGCACGCUGGGCAAGGGCGACGGCCGCAAAGUCAAGGCCGUCAAGAGCAGCCUGUCGCUGCUGUGCGCCGAGCUGCGCGGGGAGCCGCAGGCCAAGAGGAAGAGGAGCAAGCUGGCGGCGGCGGCCUUCGGCGGCGCGCCGGGCUCGGCGGGGAGCGGGGCGCCGGGCGCCCGGGGCUGCCCCGUGGCGCACAAGAUGGCCCAGCUGAAGCAGAAGGCCAAGAGCAAAGGGCUGCCCGCCGGCAUCAGCCCCUUCCGCCGGAAAGAGCCCAACCCCGGCGGCCGCAUCCAGAAGAAGCUCUCGCGCCCCAAGAGCUCCAAGGGCGCCAAGUACCCGCCGGCGGACCCCGAGCCCCGGCACCCGGCGGCGUUCGAAGACGGCCGCGACGGGGACACGGACAGCGAGGACGGCGACGACGAGCCGGGCUUGGCGCUGCUGCCCGCGCUGCCCGUGGCCGUGCUGGGGCCCUCGCCGUCCUCCGUGGUGAAGAUGGAGGCCAACGAGAAGGCCAAGAAGAAGAAGGAAAGGCAGGGAUUGCUAGGGCCCUGCCGCCUGGGCAGCCCCGAGGGCGAAGUCAAGAUCAAGCGGCGGCCGGUGAAGCCGGGGGCCGGCAAGCUGGAGAAGGUGCCGGCCCGGCGGAAGGCGGGCGCCUGCGAGGACGGCGCCAAGAAGAAGCUGAAGGCGAAGCCCAAGGAGAGCCUGCGGCCGGCAGUGCCCAGCGGCCCCAGCGCCCCGGCCCCCAGCAACAGCCUCUUCGCCGGCGCCGAGCCCCGGCACUUCGGCUCGCGGGACGAGGGUGCCCGCCUGGCCAGCGAGCGCCUCAAGAAGGCCACGCGCAAGAGCAAGGCGCUGCAGUCGGCGCUGCGGCGCAAGAACGGGGCGCUCUCGCUGGCCCUCUCGCCCAGGAGCGCCAAGACCAUCCUCAGCAAGGGCAAGAAGCUGGCCAAGGUGAAGAGCAAGGUGACCGGCAAGCAGUGCAAGGGGCGGGCGGUCAGCAAGCUGCUGGAGAGCUUCACGGUGGAGGACGACUUCGACUUCGACGACAACAGCAGCUUCUCGGAGGAGGAGGAGGAGGGGGGGGGCGGCGGCGGGCGCCGGGUGCCCCCCCCGCACGCCUGCGCCCUGCAGAAGGAGGACCUGCGGGACGGGCUGCACAUCCUCAUCCCCAAGGAGGACAGCCUGCUCUACGCCGGCAGCGUCCGCAGCAUCCAGCCGCCAGACAUCUACAGCAUCGUCAUCGAGGGCGAGCGGGGCAACCGGCAGCGCAUCUACUCGCAGGAGCAGCUGCUGCAGGAGGCGGUCCUGGACGUGCGGCCCCCGUCGCGGCGCUGCUUGCCGCCCGGCACCCGCGUCUGCGCUUACUGGAGCCAGAAGUCGCGGUGCCUCUACCCGGGCAACGUGGUGCGAGGCUCCUCCAGCGACGAGGAGGAGGAGGACGCCGAGGCGGUGCUGGUGGAGUUCGACGACGGGGACACGGGGCACAUCGCCGUGGCCAACAUCCGCCUGCUGCCGCCCGACUUCAAGAUCCAGUGCACCGAGCCCUCCCCCGCGCUGCUGGUGUCCAGCUCGUGCCGGCGGGCCAAGCGGGCGUGCGGCGAGGGGGCCCCCCCCGGCGAGCUGCCCCCCGGCCUCUGCCCGGAGCGCCGCGACCGCCCCGCCUCGCCCAAGGUCUGCGGCAAGAAGGCGGCCGGCAAGGAGAAGAGCGGCAAAGCCGCGGAGGUGCUGUCGGGCGGCAAGGCGCCGGUGCUGAGCGACCCGUUCCUGGCCCGCCGCGGCGGGCCGCUGCUGAGCUGGUCGGCGGUGGCGCAGACGAAGCGGAGGGCGGCGAGCAAGGGCACGGCCGUGCUGCAGAACCUCUUCCAGGUCAACGGCAGCACCAAGAAGCUGCGGGCCAAAGAGGCGCUCUUCCCCGUGCACCACCACGUCGCCGCCCCCGUCUUCGGCAACGGCUUCGGGGCCGACUCCUUCAGCCGCAUCGCCAGCUCCUACGCGUCCUUCGGGGCCGGGGCUGGGCUGGUGCUGCCGGCUGCCCAGAAACUCCUGCGCUCCAAGAAGGCCGAGCGGCUGGAGGCAGAAGUGGGCAAAGGCGGCCGGAGAAAAGCAGGCAGUGAGUACCUGGUCAAGCUGGACCACGAAGGGGUGACGUCCCCCAAGAACAAGAACUGCAAGGCCCUGCUGCUGGGUGAGAAGGACUUUGGGGCCAAGCUGGAGCGGCCCCUGGCCAGCCACGGCUAUGCCCAUUCGGCCCUGGCGGGCAAGGAUAGGAAGGGGCGGGCGCCCGUGCACCAGCUGCCCGUGGGGCUGGCGCUGCGGAAGUACUCGGGCCAGGCCGAGUUCACCCUGAACUGCGACAGCGACUGCCACAGCUCCUACUCGGACAUGGACGAGGACGAGGAGGCGGGCGGGCUGGGCGCCGACGUGCCCUCGCGCUUUAUGACCCGCCUCUCGGUUUCCUCCUCUUCCUCGGGCUCUUCCACCUCCUCCAGCUCCGGCUCCAUCUCCACGUCCAGCCUCUGCUCCUCCGACAACGAGGACUCCUCCUACAGCUCCGAGGACGAGGACUCCACGCUGCUGCUCCAGACCUGCCUCUCGCACCCGGUGCCGGCGCUGCUGGCGCAGCCGGACGCCCUGCGCUCCAAGAGCAGCGCGCCGCAGCGCUGCUUCCUCCCCAAGGCCGCCGCCGCCGGCCCCAAGGCCAAGCUCAAGCGCAAGGAGGCCCUCAGCUUCUCCAAAGCCAAAGAGUUCUCCCGGCGGCAGCGCCUGCCCUCGGUGGAAAACCGGCCAAAGAUCUCCGCCUUCCUGCCCGCGCGCCAGCUCUGGAGGUGGUCGGGGAACCCCACGCAGCGGCGGGGCAUGAAGGGCAAGGCGCGGAAGCUGUUCUACAAGGCCAUCGUGCGGGGCAAGGAGACGCUGCGCGUCGGCGACUGCGCCGUCUUCCUCUCGGCCGGGCGGCCCAACCUGCCCUACAUCGGCCGCAUCGAGAGCAUGUGGGAGUCCUGGGGCAGCAACAUGGUGGUGAAGGUCAAGUGGUUCUACCACCCCGAGGAGACCAAGCUGGGCAAGCGGCAGAGCGACGGCAAGGUGAGGGGGGGGCCGUGGGGCGGGGGGGCCGGGGCGGGGGGGCCGGGGGCGGCGGGUGACGGCGCCUGGCCCCCGCAGAACGCCCUCUACCAGUCGUGCCACGAGGACGAGAACGACGUGCAGACCAUCUCCCACAAGUGCCAGGUGGUGGGCCGCGAGCACUACGAGCAGAUGACCCGCAGCAAGAAGUACCAGGACCGCCAGGACCUCUACUACCUGGCCGGCACCUACGACCCCACCACGGGCCGCCUGGUCUCCGCCGACGGCGUGCCGGUGCUGUGCUGACCGCGCCGCCCGCGCCCCGGCGCCCCUCAAGCCAUACUUUCCUAGUACCUCGCACUGUUUGCCGGCAGGUGAAGCAGAAAUCAGGUGUGUUGUUCUAUUUAUUUCGCGUGUAAAUAUUGUAUUUCCUCCGGGGGGGGGGCGGGCGGGGGGGGGGGACCGACGACCCGGCAGCGGCGCAGAGAGCGAGCGGCACGACGCGAGAGGAAUAAAUAAAUAAAUGAAUGAAUAAAUAAUAAUAAAGCGGGGUUGGGGGUGGGGUGGGGGGGGGCGUCUCGGUGCACUGUUUCCCCCAGCCUGGCUGGGACGAGGACAGCGGGGAUGUACAGAGGGGGGGGCCCCCGGGCCCCCGCGGCGCUGGCCCGCCCGCGCCCGGCCCCGCGCCGCCCGCCGCCCCCGCGCUGUAAAUGUGUACAGGCCGCGCCGCCCCGGCACGGCGGGGGGGGGGCUUUUCCAGUGUAAACACUAAAAAAAGGAAAAAAAAAAAAAAAAAAGAAGGAAAAAAAAUGCAAAAAAAAAAAAAGCCCGGUGACAAAAAAAAUUUAAAAAAGGAAAAAAAAAAAAAGGAAAAAAGGAUUAAAAACACAAAGGUUUUAUGAACAGCAAACUCUAUGUAAAGGCCUUUUAGUAUGGAACUUUUUUAUUGAUAACUUGGCUUAUGAAUAAAUAUAUGAACCGUU